ACCUAGUUGGGCGGAGCCCGACCGUCCCUGACGGGAGGUCGGGGGACAUGCUUAUAUAGGAUUUGUACUUGUGUGUUAUGUAAUACUGCUUGGAGCAUCAUGAAUAUAAUCAUUUUAAGUGGGUGUUAAACGCAAUAUGCACCGCACUGCACCACACUGGCUGGCACUGAACAACAUGACUUUGCUACUAAAUAAAUAAAGUACUGAGCAAGAAUGGCCCAAGUGCUACAAUGUUUUGGAUGUGGGGAUGAGCUAUCAAGGCCUGGUAACAGAAGAGCUCUUGAUGGUCCAGCUGGAAAGGAAGUGUUGGACCUGUGGACAAUGCUACUGGAGAAUGAGGAAGAACAGAUGUGUGCUGAUGUCGACAUUAACAGUAUUGUAAAUGGCAGUGAUAAAAACAGAUUGCCCAAAAUGUGCAGGAAAUGUUUCGGUAGAUAUAGCAGCUUUCUUGAAGCACAGGUAAUAAUGAAAAUAAAAUUUGUAAUUAGCUGAAAGAAGUAACUAAGUCUUAGGGUCACACUGUCCACAUAAACAUGACUUAGAACAAAUAUCACAGCACAAGCAAUUGAAACCGAGAUCAACAUGUUUGUAAUUGUCAAUAUUUCGGAAAAGACUAUCCCUUCUACAAUCUGUAGUGUUGAAGUUUGAAGCAUAUUCUUUAAUCUCAUUAUCAACUUGAUGGUAAAUUCUUGCCUUCAAAAGGGUUACACGUGAUGGUUUACCAUCUCGACCUGCUCUACCAGUCUCUUGUACAUAGCUACUGAUAUCGUCUGACAGGCCAACAUGAAUGAUUUACCGAAUGUUGGGACAAUCAACACCCAUACCAAAUUCCAUAGUAGCUACAACAAUGCGAAGAUUGCCAUCACCCUUAAAUAAACGAAUGAUUUCAGAUUUAUGGGCUGGAUCAGUGACACUUGUAAACAUGUCCACGAGGCGAAAUUCAGGAAGAUCAGGUGCAUCAUCAGGAUUUGUGAAUGCAGCUCCAAGGUAAUCCUUAAAGAAGAGGUACAUGUCACCACACACCAAAAGAACGUCCAUAUAUGAUUGUUGUGGGAAACUUGUUUCUCUCGAUUACCAAUUUCUGGGCCAAGUUUUGGAAUGUCUCUGGUAUACUUUUGAACAAUCCAACAGCAUAAAUCAAAUUUGGGAUUACUGGGACUCUCGUAAUGACAAAUGGGUUUCUUAGGCCAACAAUACGAGAAAUGAAUGAAAUGUCACUUCGGGUAGCUGUUGCUGUUAGCGCCAUCACAUGAACUGAUGUUGGAAUGAGGCUGCGCACUUCUCUAAUUCUCAACAGCAUUUGCCUGAAAGUCUCACCCCUGCAAUAAUAUUAUUGGUACACAUGUUAAUAAUAAACGAUGAGUCAAAUACAUACCAUUUCUUCACACAAUGAGCUUCAUCGAUUAUCAAAGCCUUGAGUCUAUUAGCAUACACAUCUCCCCCCAGAAGUCUUCUCCAAUGCUUCUUGCUGAUGAUCAUUUCAGGUGUAAAGAAUACUAGCUGAUACUUUCCGUGGAAGAUCGCAUCCAUUGUAGCUGCAUCAGACAUCUCGCCCGAGACAUAUGUGCUAGAGAUGCCUUUAGAACAAUAGAUGGCUACCUAUAUAAUAAUAGAAUAAAAGCCUCCAGCUUAGAAUGAUCUAGUUAUGUGUAAACAGCUCAUAUGCACAUGUACGUAUAAUUAUAUGUAUGUUCUAUCUAGCCUUACAUACCUGAUCAUGAAUGAUGGCCAGCAGAGGACUGGAGUAACUACUACUACUACAAUAGAAUGACCUUUCUCCUUCUCCAAUAUUUUGUCAAAUGCUGCAGGCAAACAAGCAUAGCAAAGGCUCUUUCCAAAUCCAGUAGGCAAUACAGCAAAGACAUCUCUGUCUCUCAGAAAAGAAGUGACUACUUCCAAGCUCGUUAGCAGCUUCUGUGACAACUUGUGUAACUUUCUCCAUUUUGCUCAAGGCAGCUCCGCCCAGCUGCACACCCACCUAGCUAAGUGGGUGUUAACCAACCACUUGCAAUACUGCAAUCUGAUUGGGCUGCACUUCUCAGUGCAGCAGUACAAAUCCUAUAUAAGCGUGUCACCCGGCCACCCGUUGGGAACGGGUGCCGGGCUCCGCCCAGCUAGGUUGAACCCACCUGCCACAUUUCUUUUUCAUAAGAUCUAGCUAGCUAUACAACUUCAUUGACAUGCAAUGGCUGCUAGCUAUGGCAGGAAAAGGCGUUGUAAAGGAUUUAAAGGCACACCAAAGUGGAAGCAGCCUCCACAGACAUCACCAGAUCAAGCUGAGACUCCAGCUCCAGUUGAGAGGCCUCAACCUGUUCAGACAUCCAGUGGCAAGAAGUUCGCAAUCUCUGGUAGCCCCAGCACCUCCACAGCUGAUGGCCAAGACACCCAAACAUGCAAGUUAGACUCUAAGCAUUUACUUCAGGGGUACCGCCUCGUCGACUGUCAGGAAUAUAUGAAGGAAUUGAAUGAUAAUGGUGUAUGUCCUUCCUGUCAAUCUCCUCUUACCCUCUCGGAGAGUUUAGCUUCAAGAAGAGGGUUGGUAUCACAUAUGAAAACUGUUUGCACGAAUGAUGAAUGUGACUAUGAGCUUGUGAUGUCUAACCCUUACGCUCACAAGUCCAAGGCGUUGAAUGCCAGAUCCGUCCUAGCUAUGAGAUUCAUAGGCCGAGGACAUUCUAGCAUGGCGUCAUUCUGUGGAAUAAUGGAUAUGCUUCCGCCUGUCACCAAACAUGCAUUCUCUUCUCAUAACCAGGCUAUUGGUUCUGCAUCUAAGGAAGCUGCAUUGGAUGAUAUGCUUGCUGCUGCUAGAUAUCUGCAUGUUUUGCAUGGCACCGAGCCCACAGAAGUUAUCGAUAUUGCUGUGACAUGUGAUGGAACAUGGUCGAAGCGUGGAUUUACAGCUACAUAUGGUAUUGUGGUGGUUAUCAGCUGGGAAAGUGGGCAGGUGCUGGACUAUGAAAUUCUGUCAAAAAGGUGCAAUGCUUGUGAACGGCAAAAAACCAGGUGGGGAGAAGAUUCAGAGCAAUAUGUCAAGUGGAUGGAAGGCCAUCGGACAAAGUGUGCGAUUAACCAUGAGGGUUCUUCUCCGGCAAUGGAAUGUGCUGGAGUCCUCAAGAUUUGGAAUCGGUCUGUGUUAAAAUACCACCUUCGCUACACCCAGAUGAUUUCAGAUGGGGAUUGCAAGUCACUCACGCACCUGAACCAGCAUCAACCAUACGGGGAUGUUGCAAUCAUCAAGCACGAAUGCGUAGGUCAUGUGCAGAAGAGAGUGACGCCCAAGUUGAAGCUGGCCAGGACGUUAUUUAAGAGAGACAGAGUUGACGCAAAGAAGAAGGAGAAGACAUUGAAGGACAAGAUAAAGGAGGUGAAGCAGCAGUAUGGGUGCAGAAGGAGAGGUACUAAGAAAGGCACAGGAAAAGACAAGAUAGUCGGAGAGCAGAGAGAAGGGGAGAAGAAGUUGAAGAUUUUAGAGAAUGAGUUGGAAAAUGUGAAGGUGCCAGAAGGUAAAUUGCUGGAUGACAUGAUUCAUAUUCUACAACAAUACUAUGGAAAUGCAAUACGGGGCAACACUGGAGAUCUUGAGAAUAUGACAGAUGCUUGUUGGGCGAUAUUUUAUCACUCACUCUCAACUGAUGACAACCCUUGCCAUUAUUGUUGCCCCAAAGGCAAGGAAAGCUGGUGCAAAUUCUAGCGUGCUGUGGCUAAUGGAGAAGAUACACCACGCCAUCACACCACAAUUUCAGCAGACUACAAGGAUUAUCUGGAACCUCAAUGGCGAUCAUUGUGUUCGCCAAAGCUCCUUGAGAAGUGCUUGCUCGGAGCUACACAAAAUCGAAACGAAAGUUUCAAUGCUUUUGUAUGGGCGCGCGCACCAAAAACUGAGUAUUGUGGUUUGGACACCAUUCAGGCUGCAACUGGCCAGGCUGUUAUCGUCUUCAACAGUGGAAAACAGGCCUUAGUGAAGCUUAUGGACCAGCUUGGUAUUCCUGUUGGCCCACUCUGCACCUCCUAUUUGAAGGCUGAAGAUUAUGAACGCAUCAAGAGGUCAGAGUCAAAGAUGGAGGUAGUAACAAAGAAGAGGAGGCAGACAUUACAUCUCAGGGAUAAACGUACAGAGCAAGAACACAUUGAUGAAGAGGGUACUACGUACUUAGCAGGAAACUUUUGAUUUUUGUGAAAAACUUGUUUUUUAUAUUGAAAAAAAAAUUACUAGCUCAAUCUUUGGACUUGAGCCAACUUUAAGAUACCAUUGGAAAGCUCUCUUCCUACUCUUUCAAAUGAAUGAUGGAAUUUUGAUUCUGAUUGAGUAUACAAUCUAUACAAUGUAUAUGUAUCAAUCUUUUGUAAGUUCCUUAUAAAAAUUUAUUGGCACUCUCUUCUGUAUAAAGAUAAAAAAAAUCCAUCAUUCAAUCAAUAGAUUUGUGGUUAGUUUUAAGUGUACACAAAGUGGGAAGGGGUUAGUCCAAUUGUGGUUUGAGUUAUGAAUAUAUAGAAAAAACCACAUCAGGUGGCAGUACUUCACCUUGGAGAGUAAGUAUGCAAAACAUAAGCAUAGCAUUAGAAAGAACAACGAAUGAGCUGCAUGCUGAUGUCAAUUUUAUAAGCAGAGGAUGCAAAACGAGGAAGUUAUGAUGGAUACCAAAAAUACAGUACAAAAUGGUAUACCCCCCCCUUAAGUUUGGACAAAAAGUGGUGAUAAUACGGUGACGUACGCUAGUCUCAUGAAUCAGCCGCCAUUCUUUUGGAACCACCGUCUGAGCACUCUUGUCAUCGUUUUAUGUGCCAAGACGGAAUUUCGUCUUGACCAAUCAAAUUGCAGAAGUCCAGUCAGGUGAUGAACUUGGAGGCAGCAAAGAACUGCACUUUGCUCAACGCAUUUGGAUAAUCAUUACGCAUGCAUUACGCAUGGUAAACACUUCAUACAUAGAAGCUGCUACGAAGCAUAAGCAAGGCAAGCAGGCGUCCUUGGGCACAGAUUUAGAACCACAGCAAAACACAAGUAGAGAGAGAUGCCUUCGCUUGGCGAUUUGUAUAACAAUUAGGAAAUAUGUGUGGGCGUAAGAUCACGAUUUAAUUACAUUCCAUUGGUUUUGUGAGCAAUCAACAUUCCAUUUUGAAAUGACUUCAUGACAAGAGUGCUCAGACGGUGGUUCCAAAAGAACGGCGGCUGAUUCAUGAGACUAGACGUACGCUUGCUGUUCACCUUAUUGAGAAGUAUAUUUUGAGGCACUAGAGAACUGGGAAACUUGAAUGGAGUACCGAGAACUGGGGAACUAGUUUGUUGAUGUAGAUACUGCAUGGAGUACCAGAGAACUUGGGAACAGUCAGUAUAGGUUGUUGAGUGAUACUGCAUGGAGUAACAGAGAACCAGAGAACUGGGGAACUAUAUUGAGAUAACUUCAAUAAUUCAUUAAAUCAGAACUCUGAUACAUACAAAAUACACAGGCUAUUUAUACAAAAACAAUACUAGAAAGAACCUUCUAGAACAAUAGUACAGAAAUGACUAAAUAAGAACAUGAAACCACUAGAACUAACACAACACAGUAUUUACGGAAUCACAGGUUUACAGUACAGUAUUUACGGAAUCACAAGUCUUUAUCUUAAUGUUAGUUCCAUGUCGUAAGGAUACCACAUUUCCUCCCCUGUUAAAUGUUAGUGUACCCACCAUAUCGAUCAGGCCUGUUGCGAUUUCUUUGCGGAUAUUGUCGAGCUGUUAAUGCACCAGUCGAGGGUGACUCAUCAGGUGGGGUCGGAGACGGAUCAGUUGACUGAUCAGGAGAAACUUCAAAAUCUUGCAAAUCCUUGUGAGCUGCCGUAUCGUCGAAAUCGUUUGGAUUUGUUAUAUCGUCUUGUGACGACUCGGUGGUGGAAAGAGAAUGAGUUCUAUCACAUAUGUGGUCGAUAUGUCGACGUAGUAUCCUGCCAUCACCAAUUUCCACUUUGUAAGAUACUGGUCCUGUCUGUUGUACAAUGCUUCCUGGAAGCCAUGUACCGUUUGUUCGGAAAUCUUUGAGCAUUACUUGUUGACCAACAGAGAACGUCCUUGGUUUAGCAUGUUUGUCAUGUUGCUGUUUCUGUUUCAUCUGCUUGUCAGAUACGUUUCCCUCUGUGUUUGGUUUGAGGAGAUCGAAUCGUGUACGUACUUUUCUUUGAAGGAACAGUUCACUCGGUGAGACGUUAGUGGUAGCAUGUGGAGUUGAGCGGUAUGACAGUAAAAACUGAGCCAAUCUUGUUUUCAAACUCAGUCCUUCUCUCUCUCCAGCUUUCAUGGCUCUUUUGAACGUUUGUACAAAUCGUUCAGCUUGGCCGUUCGUGGAGGGAUGGUAUGGAGCACUUCGUAUGUGUCUUAUGCCAUUGGCUUGAACAAAAUCGCUAAAUUCUUGGGAUGUGAAUUGUGCACCAUUGUCGGAAACAAUCUGUUCUGGUAGUCCAUACCGAGCAAAUAGUGCUUGCAGUGCCUCGAUCGUGUUUUGAGACGUAGUGGAAGACAUCUGAAUCACUUCUGGCCACUUGGAAUGGGCGUCUACAACCACUAGAAACAUUUUGUUCAAGAAUGGACCAGCGUAGUCAAUAUGGAUCCUUUUCCAUGGGCUGUUUGGCCAAACCCAAGGAUGGAGUGGUGCUACUGCAGGUUUAGAGGCUUGUUCCUGGCACGAUAGGCACGCUUUUGCUUGGUUUUCGAUGUCUUUAUCGAGUCCACUCCACCAUACGUAACUGCGGGCAAUAGCCUUCAUUCGGGACAUUCCAGGGUGGUUCUCAUGGAGAGCACGAAGGGUCUUUGCAUGCAGGUUCUGUGGAAUGAUUGUGCGAAUUCCCCACAUCAAGCAACCACUUUCGAUGCCAAUUUCAAGACGGCGGUUGAAAUAUGGUUGUAGAUCCGGUGUCACUUUCUGUGGCCAUCCUGAUUUGACAUACUUUAACACCUUGCUUAAGGUUGGGUCACGUCGGGUAGCCGUCUGCACCUGCUGAGAUGUUACAGGAAGAGCUUCGAUUUGAGCCACAUUGAAAGUGUGAAUAGCAUUAAUGUCAGCCGUUUCGUAUGAAUCUUGUACUGGCAAGGGGAGACGUGAUAAUGCAUCAGCAUUGCUGUGUGCUUGAGUGGGCUUGAAUUGGAUAUUGUAAUCAUAACCUGAGAGAAAAAUUGCCCAACGUUGGAGACGAGCAGCUGCUAGGGACGGUAUUCCUUUCUUUGGGCCAAAUAUAGCUGUCAGAGGUUUGUGAUCAGUGAUUAACGUGAAUUUCCUGCCAUACAAAUACUGGUGAAACUUCUUGGUACCAAAUACCAAUGCCAGUGCUUCUUUCUCGAGUUGAGCAUAGUCCCGUCUGGUAGUACAUGAGAAAUAACGGCUCCAAUGCCGUAGGCUGACGCAUCCGCAGCCAUGUUGAUUGGUAGGUCCGGGUCAUAGUGGGUGAGCACAUCAGAUGAUGUAAGUUGUUUCUUUGCUUCUGUAAAAGCUUCCUGACAUUCCUGUGUCCAUUCCCACUUAUGACUCGCUUGCAGAAGUUGGUUGAUUGGGUAAAGGAUGCUAGAGAGAUUCUUGAUGAACUUUCCGUAGUAGUUCAGCAACCCGAGGAAGGAGCGAAGUUCUUGAACAUUCUUUGGUUCUGGAGCCUGUGCAAUAGCAUCAACUUUACUUGGAAGAGCUUGGAUUCCCUCUUUGCUGAUCUGAUGACCAAGAUAUUCUACCGACUUGGCCAAAAAGAUACAUUUUUCCUUCUUCAAUCGCAACCCGUGUUCCAUAAAAAGUUUGAGGACUUGCUCCAGAUUGUGUAGGUGGUCUUCUUCAUCCACUCCUGUUAUCAACAGAUCGUCUAAGUAGCAGAUAACGUGAGGCACUCCACGUAGGAUGGUGUCCAUCAGUCUUUGGAAUAUUGCUGGGGCUGACGCCACGCCAAAAGGAAGUCGGCUGAACUGGUAUAACCCUUGAUGGGUGUUGAUAGUCACGUAUUUGGUAGAGUCCUUAUCGAGUUCGACCUGUAGAUACGCUUGUGACAAAUCAAGCUUAGUGAAAAGGGAGCCAUUUGCUAGUGUUGCGAAUAGGUCUUCGGGUUUAGGCAAGGGGUACUGAUCAACUUCAAGGUCUUGGUUGAUAGUCACUUUAUAGUCGCCGCAGAGUCGAAAACGUCCGUCUUUCUUGGGAACUGCGACCAACGGUGCUGCCCAGUCACUGCUAGGUAUUUUCUGGAUGAUACCUUGUUGCUCCAUGCGGUCCAAUUCAUCUCCAAUAGCCUCUUUGGUUGCAUAAGGAACAGGACGUGGUUUGAAAAACCGAGGAGUAGCAUCUGGCCGUACUCUGAGAGUGGCUUUGUGUGAGGUCACAGUACCUAACUCGUCCUUGAACAAUGAAUCGUAUUCGUGUAACAAAUUCUUUAGUGUACCUGCAGGGGGAGAUUUGACAGUUGCAAUACAUUUCCAGUCCAACUGGAGGUACUUCAGCCAAUUGCGUCCAAAAAGACUUGGUCCACUUCCAGCAACCACCACCAGCACCAGCCGAGCCACCUGUUCUCCAUAAUUAACACACACAUUAAUCUGACCCGUUACCAUCAUAGCCUCAUCUGUAUAUGUCUUUAGCAAAAUAUUUGACUUACGCAGCUUGAAUUUAGAGAACUUGGCCUUUCUGGUGGCCUCAGAGAUAAUAGAUAUUGCAGCUCCGGUAUCGAUUUCCAUCUUGAGUGGAGUAUCCUCGAUCUUGACUGUAACUGUGAUCGGCUGUGUAGAAGGCUCGGUCAAUCGGUAUAGGUGGUAAGUGUCAGCUUCUGAGUCAGUCGAGCUGUUCCCAUCUGGUUCCACUAGGUGAGUUUUGAAUCGUCUCUUCUCUGUCUUCUUGAACUGAGAGGGUGGGUUGGAGCGGCAGGCUGGUGCUAUGUGUCCCUGCUUUCCACAUGAGUGACACUCUGCAUCCUUGAAACGGCAAUCAGCUGCAGAGUGAUUCGACUUUCCACAGCGGUAACAAGGUUGGUUUGGCUGCGGUCUCCUUUUGCUUUGUAUGCUCUUGAUGGAGGGGUUGCUGGCCUUGAGUGCUCUGGUGUUGCUUUCUGCUGCUUCCAUUCCCUGUGCGAUUUCCAUUGCUCUCUUCAAAGUAAGUUCUGUUUCGGCUAAUAGUCUUCUUUGCAUUGCUUCGCUUCGGAGUCCUGCAACGAAACGGUCACGUAGGGCUUCAGUGAGAUACGCCCCAAAAUUGCAGUGUGUUGCCAGCUUGCGUAGAGCUGCAUCGUAUUCUGCUAAAGAUUCGUCAGGGACUUGAUCCCUUUUUUGAAAAUGAAAACGUUCUGCGAUCACCGCUCGUGUCGGUUCGUAGUGCUUCCGUAGUGCAGCAAAUAUUUCUCCCUUUGUCUUCGAUUUGGGAGCCUCAGGUGCAAGCAAGUCACAUAGAAGACUGUAGGUCGUUGCACCAAUGGAGCUGAGGAGAAUAGGUACUUGCUUAUCAUCAGGGACUGUAUUCGCCGUGAAGUAGAGGUCUACCUGAUCCAGGUAGGUCUUGAUAGACUCUUGGUCUGGUCUGUAAUUGUUGAGAGUUCCAUAGUGUGUGGCUGCCAUUGCUGUAGGCUACUUGAUCCACAAUCCUCGUCGCCAGUGAGAUAACUUCAAUAAUUCAUUAAAUCAGAACUCUGAUACAUACAAAAUACACAGGCUAUUUAUACAAAAACAAUACUAGAAAGAACCUUCUAGAACAAUAGUACAGAAAUGACUAAAUAAGAACAUGAAACCACUAGAACUAACACAACACAGUAUUUACGGAAUCACAGGUUUACAGUACAGUAUUUACGGAAUCACAAGUCUUUAUCUUAAUGUUAGUUCCAUGUCGUAAGGAUACCACAUAUAUAUAGUUUGUUGAGUGAUACUGCAUGGAGUAUACCAGAGAACCAGAGAACUGGGGAGCGAGUGAUACUGAAUGGAGUACCAGAGAACCAGAGAACCAGAGAACCAAAGAACUGGGGAACUAGGUUGUUGAGUGAUACUGCAUGGAGUACCAGAGAACCGGGGAACUAGUUUGUUGCGGAUAGAUACUGCAUGGAGUACCAGAGAACUGAGAAACUAUAUAGUUUGCUGCAAGGAGCACCCCCCUACUAUCUUCUUAUGGGUAUGGUGCCAAUGCGCAUACACGCUGUCCCUAAUUUACCUCUAGAUCACGUGAUCUUUUUGGAAUGUCUUACCGGUAAUUGGAACACCUUCUGUCUCUAACGGUUAGUCUGACUAUGAAACUGCUGCCAGUAGAGACAUAGGUCCUUUACUAUACUUAAAGCACUAUCCUACUAGUGCCUACCUCAAGAAUCAAGAAGAAAUAUCACCCAGAAGAGGUACAGCAAGCCAUUUUUAGUGAAUAGCUAAAAAUGGUUCCGCUUAGAAAACAUAUCUGUUCAAUAUUACAAAACGUUUUUUUUAGAAACAUCCUGUGUUAUUCAAUUUAUAGACUUUUUUGCUGUGACACACCAUAGAUAGAGUAGAAAAGGGAUUGGAAAAAUGGAAGUACCCUUGAAGUACCAUCCGUGUAUCUCUGCGGUUUUAAUCGAGGCUUACUUUUUAACACGAGGGCUAAAACAUGAAUAAUUCAUGAGAAUUGUUUUGCUCUCUGUAAGAAGUCCAUGAGCAGUUCUGCUGCUAAACAUCAACUUUCUCUAAUACUUGAGGCCAUUUGGGACACAGGACACUAUUUAGUUACAAAGCCUUAGCUAUAUCAAAGGUACUAUAGGAACACAAGCAUGAAAAAGCGCUCUGUGUACCUCUAGCUACUUCACGACAAUCGAGAUUAUAUUUUCUUUCACGGUUUCCAAUUGAUACCUACUAUCAGGGGGCAUGUGAUUCAGUAAUGGGGGUAGCUCUAAGAUGUAUGCUUUGGACACAAUAAGUUUCCCGGGCUUUUGCGGGAGUCCCAGAGCCACUACGUAGACUUCAUUGUAAAACAUCACGUGAAUCACUUCCGUUUCCAAUCCCUCUUCUACUCUAUCUAUGGACACACCCAGUUUAGAAAAAUCUAGACCAUAUAAUUGUGGAUCAAAACUCUCUGUAAUCUUGUUAACUGGUUAACUAUGCUAAAUAUAGGCCCUAUCCUGCACGUGGAACUCCAGAUCGAACGUUUUAACGCUUACCGUCUACUGUAAUGGCUAAAUAGCUCGCAAAUGAAAGCCAUGCCCCCAAAUGAUAUUGCGGUAGUACAAUAGAAGCGAGAGCACUAUCGGUGUUUCACUACACUUCAGCAAGACGAGUAUCAGGAAGAAACUUCUAAAUUUCUUGUUAGUGGGUAUUUCGAUAGUAGCAUUGGGAAUUUAAUGCCUCUAGCCAUGUCAAAUGCCUUAUUUGUGAACUUCGUAAUUCUAAGACCGUCUCAGCAACCCCUACACUGUUAAAAAUGGUGUGUUAAUUAACACGCAUUUAGUGUGCUCGUUGCACUGUUUAAGUUUAACACACUGAGAUGUGUUGAUCAACACACACUCUGGAGUGUGUUAAUCAACACUGGUGGUAGUGUGCUCACAUGACAUGCAUAUAAGUGUUUACAUAGCACGCACUGUAUAGGUAAUGUGCUCACAUGACAUGCAUAUAAGUGUUACAAGUACAUCACAUUGUCAUAGCAACAAGAGACAUUGCAUUGAUACAGCAUACUUCAAAUUAAAUGAUUAACAGUGAACGAAGUAAAACAUCCUAUGACUAAUCUAUCUAAGAAAGUGUACAAAAUAGUUACAUCGUUUGGUACCCUCUGCAGGUUUGAUUUCUGCUCCCUCGCAAAGAUUUGACAACAUUAACAGCGCUCCACCUAUAAUAGAAAAUUAUUAUUCCUGAAUAACAGAAUCAAUUUCUCACCUAAACAGCAGCGUUACAAUCAGCUUCAGAGUGAUUGACGUCCAACUUUAUGACGGACCUUUUUUCUAUGUACAUAAAACAAGACAUGGCUGUAAUUAAUUAAUCACUAGUUCAUUCUUACCUUUUGUGCUGAUGACUUGAUACUUCUGCUCUCCUUUAGAGCAAAGAACAGCACGGUGUGAAGGGACUUAACUUGACAAAAACCUCAUAAUUAUAUUAUCUAUAGAAGAUUAACAUCUUUACAAUUUAAAAACUCACCUAAACAGUAGCAUCACAACAGCUUUAGAGUGGCUGGAAAUUGACCUUCAACUUAAUGCCCGUUUGUUUCUACAUGAGCACAGUUAUUUACCAUAAUUGCAAUUAAUAAGUUCACUCUUACUUUAUGACUUGAAAACUUCUCUUCCCCUUGAGCUCUGAAUGCAUAGAACAGUACGGGUCUAAAGACUUCUCAAAGGAUCAGGACUAGACUUGGUACGUGGACUUGAUCAAAAAGAAAAGCAGCUGCUCUGAAGAUUGCUACGGCAACUGCACUGCUGCGCAUGUGCAUUCUAUAAUUAGUCUAUCUGUUCUAUAAUUAGAUAGCAGGAAAAUUGAUCAUGUGAUCCAGAGCCAGUGGCCACAUGGCACAAGAUGAGACAGAGAAUGCAGCAGUAGUCUUUCCAGGCUGCUCUGAGAGCCAAGAUAACAGCAGGAUAUACUAAAGAUAAGUUAAAAAGUUGAUCUAUUCAGUAUGCAAAUUCUCUCAAGCCCCCAUUGUCAAUUUUAUACACUGGACCAAGCUAUAUAUAAUAUUAUAUGAACUGAUUUUCUCUUAGCUGGCUCCCAUUUGUUAUAGCAGCAUUGAAAUGUAGUAUUAUUACACCACUGUACUCAUACUCAUAUAAUUCUCUGUGCAGGUGCAGCUGGCUGUGGUUUACUCACAAGAUUAACUGCUAUAUAGUAACUUGAAACCUUUAAUAUGUUUUUGUUUAAUGGUUAUCCAUAAAAGUUUGUUGCGUAGAUAUUUGUUGUUAUCGAUUAUAA